GCUCAAUGCAGAUGCUAUUCGCUGUUCUCCUCUUCCUGUCUUUAUUGGCAAAUGGGGGGUUGGCAUACCUGUAUCACAACAAAUAUGCAAAUUGGCCCUGUGAACCAAUAAAAAACUGCUUGAAUUCAGAUGUUCAUCCAAACAUCUCCUUGAAAAACCACAGUCCACCAAACUAUUGUUCAGAUUUAACAGAGAAGUGGUUCAAAGCAAAGGGCAGAUUCUAUGUUUUUUCCACUGAUACCAAGGACUGGAAAAGCAGCAGAGAGCGCUGUCAGGCUCUGGGUGGAGACCUGGUUAUUAUCAACAAUGAAGAAGAGCAGGAUUUUCUCUCUGAAAAAGUCGAUGGUUAUGACUUUAACUGGAUUGGAUUGACUGACAUCCAGAAUGAAGGGGUUUGGCUUUGGGUGGACAAUGCCCCUUUAACCAGUUACAUUCCGUAA